UAUACAGAAAGCCUACUUUUUGGACUUGAACAUGAGCAGACAAAGUUAGCAAUCAAUAAAGAGCAAACACUUUUAUGUAUAGUAGAAGAUUGGCAAAAUAAGCAGAUCAUGAACAAGCUUUUUUAUUAUCAUCUUAAAAAAUUUAUUGCU